AUGAUGAAUACAUCGCUGGUGCUGGUGAAACCCCACGCAUGCCGAGAGAGAUUCCUUGACGCCGCGCGUGACCACUUUGACUACUACGGUAUUCGCGUGGAGGACAUGUUGGUGCUUACCGGUCCCCAAGUUCGUCGUGGGGCAUAUGUAGAGCGUCACUACGGCUCAGUGGCUGCCCUUUCUUCAUGCCCGUGGGAGGACUUGGCCGCAUUCGUGUCGGAGGAAACUGCAUCGCUUUUUUUUGCGGCUUUUGGUGAGCUGUGGGAGACUGUAAUGGAGGAGCGACGUGUGCUAACGCCAGAGGACGCCAUGACCAUUCUCGGUCUCACGCAGAAGGAGCUGGAUGAGCAGUGGUGGGCGUCCAAGUCGCGCGCCCGGCUUGAGCACGGCCUCUAUGUAUCCUACUUCAAGAAGGUAAACAUGUACGUGAUUAAUGGCUUCUACCCGAGGCUGCUGGAGUCCUUCACCGCGCCGGAGAGCCAGACAUGCAUCCUCAUCGUGUCGUGGCCGGAGUCAAAGUAUACCUGGAAGCGCUUCCGGCUGGAGGUCCUCGGCGCGGCGGACCCCAGCGAGGCGGAGCCCACGUCUCUCCGCCGACUGCUGUACGAGAAUUGGGCGGCGUAUGGGCUCAGUGAGCAACCGAGCCUCAUGAACAAUGGACUUGAAUGUGCGAGCGGACCACUCGAGGCUUUGGCGCUUCGUUUCGUGUGGAUGCACCGGCGUGCCACGGAGGACGACUUUGGUCGCGCUCUGUUGCAGGAGGGUGUACCGUUGACUUUCGUGGAGAAAUUAGCAAAGAACCCCACCAUGUCGUAUGAGGGCGAAAACCGAUCAGUGUUUGAGCUGCUGGAGAACAUGCAGAGUAGCGAGGUGUUGCACCACGCAGCAGUUCUAUACGCCACGGAAAAACAGAAAAGUACAGUGAACACCUCCAAUGGUGUGUGCGAAACCCUUGCGAUUUCACGUACGGCAGACUGGACAAUUGUACUGGACGACGAGGAUGCUGAGGAGCGACGGAACAGGGCUUUGGUGUUUGUGAAGCCACACGCUAACACGCCUGAAACACGGGCGCUCGUGGAGGAGCGACUGAUGCAGGUGAAUGGAAUGCAGGUUGUCAGCCAGCGCCAUGUCCUUGGUAGCGAGAUUACCUCACGGCAAGUGAUGGACAAGCACUACAGGACAAUAUCACGCUACGCUGUGAAGGUGUCACCAGCAUCUAUUAAUGUCAGCAAGCACCGCAGGAGCAUUUUUAAGGAAACGUUUGGUGUCUCGUGGAAAGAGGCGGUGCGUUGCGGCCGCGUGUGGAAUGCUGAGACCGCCAUGCACGUCCUUGGAGAGAUAUCCGCCGACGAGCUCUAUGGGAUGUGGGGCGCGUGCACCAAAACCGUGAAGCUCACCACCGGGGCGUACGUGGCGCACUUCUGCAAUGAGGGUGUGUUUGUGAUUAACGGGUUCUACCCAUACUUGCGCGACACAUACGGCGCACCCGACGCAAGGGUGUCCUGCUACGUCCUCUCAUGGCCGGAGUCAUGCUUGACGUGGCGCGCUUUCCGUGAAGAACUUAUCGGCACCACGAACCCCGGUAAUGCAGACCCAAGUAGUCUGCGCGGGCUCAUACGCGACCGCUGGCGUGAUUUGGGGCUGCAGCACCCGCCCACCACCACAGACAACGGUGUUCACGCGUCGGCAGGGCCACUUGAAGCGGUACUGGAGCGCCACCUGUGGACCUGCGCACCCCUUUCCCACGAUCCCCUCACACUGCGGCUGCAGGAAUGCGGCUUGACAGGGGCACUUUUGUAUCAUUGGGGGUCAAACCCGGAGGUGGUGUUGCGCGAUGGAAAACGAUCCGGCUGCGUCUUUGACUUGCUUGAGAACAUGCAGACCUCGGAGAUGGUGGACGUCAUGCGUGAGGCAGAGCAACAGGCACUGACGACAUGCAUUGAGACACCAUUGAAUCGUGCAGUUGUGAUCAUCAGGCCAUUUGCGGUAAAUGAGCGUACGAUUGAAACAGUGAAACAAACUCUCAGUGCUGUGGAUGUACAUGUGACGCGGGAAGUUUCCCUCUUCAGCAACCGUGUGGUGGAACGCUACCUUGGCAGUGCACCAUUCCUUGCUGUGGAGCGGUUCGCCAACUUUAAGCCUGAUGCUCUGCUCAGUGAUGUGAGUUCGUCCAUCAAGAACAAAUUCCAAGAAUUGUUUCACAGCCCUUGGGAUUAUUGCCUAGAAGAGGGGAAGCUUCUCGGAGCCACCGAUGCAUGUGAGAAGUUGAAUCUGACACCAACAGAGCUGCUGCAGUUGUGUGAGACGUCCAACCAGAAGAAACUUGGUCCUGCCUGCUAUGCUGCCUCAUUGAUGUCGCAUGACGUUUUUGUUGUUAAUGGAUUCGUCCCCUUCGUCCGUGAGAGCUACGGAAAGCCAGGUAGCCGUGUGCACGUGCUGGAGGUGGAGUGGAAGGAGAGCGCAUGGACAUGGCACGAUUUUUGUGAAGUACUAAUUGGCGACAUCGCCGAUCCCUCUGCUGCCGCACACGGCAGCCUGCAGCGCACAUUGGCGGAGGAGUGGACGGACUUUGAGCUGCGGCAGCGGCCGUUGUCACACACGACUGCCCCGUUAUAUGCGUCGCAGGGCCCACUGGAGGCCGCCGCUGACCGUGAGAGGUGGCUUUGCGCGGAGAUAGCGGAGGACCUGUUCGUGCAGCAUUUACUACUCGAUGGUGUGCCACUGUCGCUGCUCCUCCGUUACGUGCGGGACGAGUACUACGAAGACCAACCAGAAGAGCCGCAGUCGCCGAGGCAGCAACAAAUACAACAGCUACGGAUGUCCGGUGGCUUUGCGCCUGUAUACACGCGGAGUGCGCUCUCGCAGCACCAACAGAGCAGCGAGGUUGUGCGUCGACUCAAGACCCUCACCUCGCGCCACAUGCGGGCGAUGAAGAUGAACUACGCUUUCCUUUGGGUGAAGCCGCAUGCCUGCACCACAGAGGUGGCGGAGUGGAUCCCCACCGCAUUGGAGGACCACCGCAUUGAAGUGGUUUCCUCCGGCCAGAUCCCAAUGGAGGAGGUGGUUGAGAAGUUGCUUGUGGACCAGCAGUACAACGCUCUCUACCGCAACGCCAUGGCGCGCAGCGUCGGUGAGCUGCCCAUUACGAUAAAACAAAUGGUGGAGUUUGAGCGCACCUUCGGCAUCACAUGGACAACGGCGGUGAGUUUGCACAUGAUCAUUAACGCAGCGCAGGCGGUGGAGCGGUUGGGUAUUCUGAAGCUACUAGAAGCGUGGGACGGCGCGCCGCGUAAGGUGUGUCUAUCGCCCACCCUGUACGUGGCCUAUCUCGAAGAGGAGGGCCUCUUCGUCAUCAACGGCUUCUACCCAUAUCUGCGUUCCCGCAUGUACACUGGUGCCCGCAUCUACUGGUAUGUCGUGUCCUGGGACGGGGAGAUUAUGACGUGGGACGAGUUUCAGAACUACGUCAUUGGCAGUGAUACCCCAGCGAUGGCGGCGGAGGCAUCGCUGCGGCAUGCGCUUUCGCUAUCGUGGGAGGCGCUGGGUCUGCAGCGACCACCGGACGGCAUUGACAACGGCUUCCACGCCUCUGCCUCGCCGAUUGAGGGACUUGCUGACCGCGUGGCGUGGCUCGGCAUGAACGUGGAGAACGAUGUUUUUGGCCGGCUGCUCAUUCAGGGCGGAGUGGGUGCGGAGUACCUGCGCUCUCUCCUGCUUAACCCGCUGGUGCGUCACCGUGACGAGCCCAUUGAUGCGGCGAGCGACGUCUUUGAUAAGCUCUGCACCGAGAAUCCGCUCCUGAUUGCACAGCUCAUUGGUCUUGAGGCAUCCGGUGGGAUGCGCGUCAUUCCCCAGCGCCCAAGCAGCGGUGGAGCGCUUCCGUCCUCGCCUUCCCAUCUUGCGACGCCUGCAGCUGCGCAGGGGGCAGGUGACGCGACCAACACGCCGCCGGCGGCGGCGGCGGCGGCAACAGCAGCGACAGGAGCAGAAGCAGCGACAACGGCAGGUGAACAGGAGUUAAGUGGGGAUGUAAGUGUGGAUGCUGCCAANCAAGCAGCGGUGGAGCGCUUCCGUCCUCGCCUUCCCAUCUUGCGACGCCUGCAGCUGCGCAGGGGGCAGGUGACGCGACCAACACGCCGGCGGCGGCAACAGCAGCGACAGGAGCAGAAGCAGCGACAACGGCAGGUGAACAGGAGUUAA